AUGCUGCGCCUCUGCUGCGUCUCUUGCUGCUGCAGCAACAGCAGCAGCAGCAGCUUGCUGCAGCGGCGACGACCUGCGGCCGCGCCGCCGCUGCUGCUGCUGCUGCAGCUCGCCGCGUGGCUCGAGCUCCAAGCAGCAGCAGCAGCAGCAGCAGCAGCAGCAGCAGAUAACACGGCCCUCGACGUCUACUGGGCUCAGAGCGAUGCCCCGCGUUUACAAGCCUCGCAGUGGGGCCCCCAGUGGCAGCGCGGUGCUGCCAGCAGCAACAGCAGACGCAGCAGCAGCAGCAGCAGCAGCAGCAGCAGGCUGCUGCAGCAGGGGCCCCUCUUUAACCCCACCCUCUCGAGCUGGCCCAGUGCUGCGCCCAGCAGCUUCGGGCCCGUCGCCCCAGCAGCAAGCUUCUCAGCAGCAGCAGGGGGCCCCACAUCUGCUGCUGCUGCUGCUGCUGCUGCUGCUGCUGCUGCUGCUGCUGCUGAGUUGCCUUUGGACUUCCCGCUGCGCGUGGAGCCUGCUGCUGCGGGCCCCUUCCGCCCUGCUGCUGCUGCUGCUGCUGCUGAGUUGCCCUUGGACUUCCCGCUGCGCAUGGAACCUGCUGCUGGGGGCCCCUUCCCCCCUGCUGCUGCUGCUGCUGCUGCUGCUGCAGCAGCAGAGGACCCGCCGCGCCGCGCUGCUGCAGUGCGGGGGCAGCGGCGGCUGCUGCUGGGGCUGCUGCUGCUGUGUCUGAGCAGUUUGCUGUUCUCCGCAGUGACCCUGCGGGCCCUGGGGGCCCCCCGGGGGCCCCCCGGGGGGGCCCCCCGGGGGGCCCCCCGGGGGGCCCCCCGGGGGGCCCCCGCAGCAAAAGACUCUGAAGAAUUAAAUGACUUAAAAAGGCUGGGGUUAGACGCGUUGGCGCUGCUGAGUCCUUUGCUGGCAGUUGCUGCUCGGGGCGUGGAUUUGCUGCUGCGGGCCGAGCAGCAGCAGCAGCAGCAGCAGCAGCAGCAGCAGCAGCAGCGGGAGGCGUCGCUGCUGCAGCAGCUGCAGCAGCACGCGAAAAGCCACAAAGGCACUUUAGCAGCAGAAGCAAUCCUUGCUUGCUUCGGGCUGCUGCUGAUGGCUUUUGGGCUUUUGAAUAUUUACAGAACAGCUCCUGCUGCUGUUGCGGAGCGGCUGCGCAGGCGAAACCCUAAACCCUAA